AUGCCGCACCCGACGCUCUCCCUGCGGCUGCUCUCCGCGACGGCGUCCGCGGUAGUCGCCCGCGGCCCCAGGGACGCGUGUGAGGAGACACUCGCCAGCCCCCCGCGAGUUUCGUGCGAGGCCGCGAAGGAGAAGACACGAAGAGGAGGCGACGCAUCGGAGUCGGCGGGACCUUCAGCGAGAGGAGGCCGGCCUCAGAGGCCUUCCUUUGCUUCGCGCGCCUAUGCUCUGUCUUCUAGCGACCGGCAGCGCGCUGCAUGUGCGCAGUCCCGCCGCCCUGGCCAGAGGGGAUCCGCAGGCAACUUUGCAGAACGCAGGCGAUGGCGCCCUGGGGCAUCUCUCGCCUUCUGUGCGUCGACCUGCCAUGUCUCUGGCGCGUCGUCCCCUCCAGCCGCAUGCCCUGCGCCCGGAUCGUGCCCUGCGUCUCACGCCUCCUGCGCCUCUCGCGAAUCGUCGUCGUCUGCGUCUUCCAAGUGCUGCGUGUCGGCCUCCGCCUGUGGGGCAGAUGCUGAGGCCUCUUCGCAGACUUCAUCCGCCGGCUCUUACCUGUGGAGUUUUCUUCCGGCGCUCUGGCGCGGCGCCGGCGGCGAGAGGAAGUGCGAAUGUAGCAAGGGGCUCGCGGACGCCCUCUUGGCUGGCGUCCUUUCGCGAGACAGCAAAGAAAGAAUCACCAUUCACAUCCAAAAAAACGUGCAGGCUGCCUCGGAAUCACAGUCGAGCGGGGGGGCGGUGAAGGUGCGGGCCUUCGCCCAAGGCGCCUUCACCAUGGGCGACAUCGUUUGCGCCGAGACACCUCUCCUGGUCGGCUCGUCGCGGGGCGUCCACGCGGCUCAGGUCUUUGACCUGGAGGCGUUCCUGGGCUCUCCGCGAGCGAGCCUGGCGGCCAGCGCCAAAGCCGGCGGCGCGCUGUUGGGCCUCGGCUCCUGUCCGCCGGAGCUGUGUAAGCCUCUGAAUCCCUCCACCGAGCCGGGCUCCGCGGCGGCCGCGGCGGCGGGACCCGCUGCGUUGAGUGCCCACCGCCCAGCGAGGGUAGCUGAGCCCCGCGCCGCCGCCAGCCACGCCCCGGUUUCGCCUUUUCUGGAUCUCGUGGCGGCCGCGCUUCUAGCGAAGCAUGCGGCUCAAGCCCGACGGGAGUCGGCCGCGCAAGCGGGGCGCGCCAAGAACGGCGCGCCUUCGGCGGGAUGCCUGCAUGCGGCAGAGACGGCGGUAGCGAAAGCAGGGAACUCCCUUCUCUGCAUCCUCUCGCACUUUGGGACUUCUGCCGAAUCUGCGCCCAACCCUCCGCCUGCGGACGGUCUCCAUCCCGACAGAAAAGACUGCUCAGGUCCUCAGCGGGAGCUGGCUAAACAGCUGCAUCCGUUUCUGCGGCCGCCGUUCAACAAGGAGGUCUCUGUGGACGAGCUGGAGGCCGUGAUUUCUCUGCUUCGCCUCGCGUCUUUGCUGCUGCCCCCCGCGCGUUCUCCGUCGAAGGACAGCAACGCAGACCAAGCGCAGCCCUGCCCGCACGCGCCUGCGUCAGCCGCCACAACCCAACGUCAGGCAGUUGCUAUGCAUACACCUGAGGCAGGCGGACAAGAGCCGGAAGGGUCCAAGGACACUGCGAGCCCGGAGCCGGUAUGCGCAGGGUUCUUUCCUCUCCUUCUUGCAUUUGCAGAGGAGCCGACGUGUCGACCUAACGUCCUCCUGUCGUUCACAGAGCGACAAGCAGAGGCACACGCUCGUUCAGGCACGCCUCGCUUUCCCAGUUUGGCCUACCUAGUUCUGAGUCCAACUGACCCAGCCUCGUCUUCGUGCUGUCACGGGGCUGCUGCCGCGCCAGCAGAGGCGGCAGGCGCGCCUCGACAGCUGCCCGUCCGCGUCUCGCAAAUCACCUCGUUGGAGUCUCUGUACGCUCCAACGUUCAUGCGGGAGGCUGGCCGCCGUCGGCGGAACCUCGGGGUCUCUUCCAUCAAACCGUGCGCAUGUGAAAGAUGCACUUCGCUUCCAGAGGCCUGCCGAAGCUUCAACUGCCAGCUGUGUCACCUGGCGAGGACGGAGGCGUCAAGCCAAAAGAGCGACCUGGCGUCGCUCAAUCUUGCGAUGCCGCCCAUUGUCUGUCCAACGGGCCCGUCGAAGUCGCGCUCGCUCGCCGACACGCCUAUGAGAUGUCUCCGCUGCGGCCAAGAGCCGUCGGCCGAGACGAAGCAGGGCUACGAAGCUGCGGAAAAAGGGUUGUUCAUGGCGCUGAUGACUGCCGCGCAUGUGCCUUCUGAUAAACGACGCCUGCUGCCUCCGACCGCCCUCGAUGCUCUGGCAGACGCUGCGGUUGGAAGCAACGCAGAAUCCCGCGCUCUGAUUGCCGACACGCACUUUCUGCGCAUUCGCCAGUUCACGCAGAGCCUCUUUCAACUCGCUCAGGAGCGAUCGCAGAACAGAGAGACUCCGAGUGCGGGGUCCGCGAACGCUGCCCUACCGGUCCGCCCCGAGAAACCGGAGCUGCUAAGACGCCGAUGUGACGCCGUGAUAGAGGCGACGCGAGCCGUUGUAGGCCCCCACCCGGACGAGGCGAGGUUCCUCGAACACCUUGCAUUAGCCACGAGGGAGGAGGUGGACUUCCAGCGCGCAUACAGCAGACGCCAAGACUUUUGUGCGGGCAGCACGGGGGAGCAUCUCCUCCUACCGCCGUACGCGAUCUGGAAAAGCAGGCUUCUCAGCCAGACACCGCUGCCGAGCGACACCACGCAUGGCAAAGGCGGGAUGUAG